AGAUGGUGACACCUCCACUCCAACUGACUUUGGAUGAAGCCAUACUAAAGGAAAAUCAAGGACCUUCUAGUGUUGCAACUUACAAGAAUUCUGAAGUCAAUACAGAGGCCCCAGUAUUUAAUGAUGCUUUCAUAAGUCCCAGUAUAAGGAGUGCUGAAAAAAUAUAUAUGGAGAAUGAUUCCACCCUGCCUACAGAUUUAACUUAUUCUACCUCAGAACUCACUGCUGAAGAAAUUACUGGUAUCACAGGGGAAUUAGAAGUAUCUAAUAACUACAGUAAUGACAGUUAUAUUAAGACUGCAAACCCUAAUGAAAAUUCAGUGGACUUUACUAAUCACUUUGGUAUUAUUGAAUUAAUAAAACUUUCGAAUAAUUUAACAAGUAAAAAUAUUGGAAUUACAGAAGAAGAUCCUGCAGAUACAAUAAGUAAAUACAAGACAGUAAAUAAAAUUUAUAAAUCUGGUGGUGUUAAUAGAACAAGAGUAAGUAUCAAUACUGAUAUAAGUCUUGAAGAAAAUGAAACACAAGACAUGCACUACAAUACGGAUAUAUUCACAACAAAUAUUCCAUCUUCAGCAGAGAUUACUGAUAAUACGGAACCAACAACAUGGUCUCAGAAAGAUGUACAUCAGUUUAGCGCACACAUUUUCACAAAGAAUGAAAAAGAUGAUUGGCUAGCGACUCCUUCAAAAUCAUCUGGUGAUGGCUCUGAUGUUUUAUCUAGUGGUGAGGAAUAUGAUUUGUCAGUGACAGUUUCAUCAUUAUCUGGCGAUAGUAUUGAUAUACUCCCUAACACCGAAGAAUAUGAUGGGUCAUUGACGACCCUGACAUCAUCUGGAGAUAGCACUGACAUGAACACCGAAGAAUAUAAUUGGUCAGUGACUCAGCCUCCAAGAUCUUCAGAUAGUAACAUUGACAUUGUUUCAGACAGAGAGUUGUAUGACUUUUCAGUAGCUCAUUCUUCAACACCUUUUGACACAGAUCUAAGAAACAGUACAGACUCAGAAGAGCAAAACUUUUUACUUGAGGCAUCUCCAGUUACAGAGAUAGUAUUGGAUGCUACAAGUAAUCCUUUAGAUGAUCUUGGGAACUUUGACCAUAAAAUUAUGACAACUAGAGAGGGACUAAAAGUGGAUGCACACAUAGUGUUUGACCCAAGUCAGAUAGCUAAAGCAACAAAUUAUGAAGGGUCAUCAUACUCUACAGCUACACGAAGUGCAACUGUUACUACUUGGGUUGACCCUGAUAAUAGACACUUACAUAGCCAGCAACAUAACUUGACACAGCCUACAGACUUAGGUAGUCCUCAAAAGUCUGAAAUAAUAAGAAAGUUUUUGGAAAAUAUCCAUGAUACAGGACCUAACAGUGGCGUUGGUGUGACAGAUUCAACUGAACAAGAUCCUGAAAUGAGGUCAACAGAACAGUAUCAGAAAGCAAAUAAUUUGGUGAAUAACGAUACAUUUGCCUCAGAUGUAGAGUUACGGGUGGAAAUAAAUGCUGAAUAUACAACAGCGUCUCCAGAUUACAUAGACAGUAGAUAUUCGGGAAAGGAAAGCAAGCAGACUCCAGAAAUGACCAGUAAGGGUGAGGCAUUUGAUGGUACCAGUAAUACUCUUUCAGUAGGAAUUCCUAUCCUUACUUAUAAUGUGACUGAUUUUGGAAAUGGCACUCAGAUUCUAACAAAGGAUAGUAAAAACAAGACAGAAGAGUCAUUAAUAUAUGAGAUGCCAUUAACAGAUGCAACUAGGGAUGGCAUUCAGUUGAAUCCUUCAGUUGUAAUUGCAUUAUCAGUUUGUUGCAGUAUUGUUGUAAUGCUUGGAAUUGUAUCAACUUUACUUUGGGUAUUUCGCCGACACAGAAAUAGGAGUAAAGUGUAUUUAAGCCAUGAGAUGGCAAAGCCAAGGGCUUUUUUCACAAAGCCAAUGAAUCCAGCACUACUACCUAAUGAAAACCUCCCCAACACUAUGUGUACAGUGGAGUUCCAGAGACCUAGGGCUCCUAUUCUGUUAAGCGACGAUCAAAAAGCUAUCUACUUCAUUGAAAAGCCAUUUGUUGAUCAGUCUCCUAGAGAUGAAAAUACAGCGGUUAACAGUGAUAAUAAUGAUUUUGUUGAUAUACCUCUCAAUUAUAUUAAAACUGAAACACGAACUAAGAAUAAAUGUGAAAAAGAUCCACCUAAGUACGAUUUAAAAUAUAAGUGUGAAAAUGAUAAUGAUUCGGGUAUUAAGAUGUGGUCAUCAACGGGCUCUCUCUAUACAGCAUCAUCGCAACAUACCCAUUGUGCUGUGCCACCACCACCAUACUCACCAUUGAUGGGUGAAGAUACUUUUUGUCUCUCGGUUCAUUCUCUUACAUCAAUAUCAAAGAAAACAGAAGCUUUAAAUGUGUAAAUAUCAAGAAUAGAUAUGGUAUCUUAAUUUUUUGUUGAAUCUCAUAAUGAAGUACCGUACAUUAAUUUCUCUCUGUUUAAAAUUCUCCCAGUUUCACAAUUACAUUUGAUUUAAGUUUGAAAGUCUCUGCAACGUGUAAAUUUACAAAUAGCAAAAAUCCUUUAUUUCCAGUUUAGAAAAUUCCCCCCCCCCCCAAUUAUUUGGAGUAUGUAUCCCUAAAAACGGCAAUUUUAUUAAGAAAAUUAUUAAAUAUUUUUUCUAAAUAUAUAUGAAGGACGAUAAAUUAGACACAUGUGCAACUCUUGGGUAUCUUUAUUGAGGAAACGUUUCGCCACACAGUGGCUUCAUCAGUCCAUACAAAGGAGAAUCUUGAAGAACAGGAGGAGAAUGAGGUAAUCAGUCCCUCAACCUUGAGUCGAUGUGGUCAGUCCAUCAAUCUUGAAUAGAAUACGGCAUACGUGCUGAGGAGCUUAUAAACCGUUGGCAGGAGAGGUGCAGCAGUCGUAGGUCGUGUAACAUUUGUUCAAUGUUGAAGUAGGUCGUGCCCAAGAAUUAGGCAAGCGAAGAAUUCCCAAGUAUUAAGAUCCCAAGAAGUUGCAGUGUCUGACAGGUUUGUAGAUGAAUGGUUCAGAGAACUGACAUGUUGAUAAAUUAGACACAUGUGCAACUCUUGGGUAUAUUUAUUGAGGAAACGUUUCGCCCCACAGUGGCUUCAUCAGUCCAUACAAAGGAGAAUCUUGAAGAACAGGAGGAGAAUGAGGUAAUCAGUCCCUCAACCUUGAGUCGAUGUGGUCAGUCCAUCAAUCUUGAAUAGAAUACGGCAUACGUGCUGAGGAGCUUAUAAACCGUUGGCAGGAGAGGUGCAGCAGUCGUAGGUCAUGUAACAUUUGUUCAAUGUUGAAGUAGGUCGUGCCCAAGAAUUAGGCAAGCGAAGAAUUCCUGUUCAAGAUUCUCCUUUGUAUGGACUGAUGAAGCCACUGUGUGGCGAAACGUUUCCUCAAUAAAGAUACCCAAGAGUUGCACAUGUGUCUAAUUUAUCAACAUGUCGGUUCUCUGAACCAUUCAUCUACAAAUAUGAAGGAUGGAUAUUCACAGACUUUGAGCUUUGAAUAAUAAUCUGAGAUUCUGAAUUUUCUUAAUGAUUGUAAAAAUUACUAAUUUCAGUUGGAAAAAUCCAGUACCAUACAGUACUGUAUCUUUAAUUUGAAUUUGUUUUCCAACUAAGAGAAUUUUCAUUCUUCUAUUACAUAGAAUUUCUGUAAUUUGGGUACCCCUUUCCCCAAUCACUUCUUUGAAUAAGAGAGAAAUCAUUGUAAGAAGGCACACAAAGUAUAUAAUAUUCAUUGUAACUAGGUAUGGUACUUACAGUGUUAAGAAUGCUGUAUUACAUGAUACUCAAAUCGUCAGUCUUAAGUUCAAUAUAUUUGAGCAGAAAUCAUACUGUUAUUAUCUUUGGAAAGUUUAAAAUUAAAUAAGGCUUGUACACAAUGCGGCAAAUGAUUGCAAGAGUAUUGUUGUUAUGAAAGUGCUAUACAAUGAAGUCUUGUAAGUACGUACUAUAUAAUUGAAAGGUAACUUACCACUAAAGGCAGAGCUACACAGUUUACACCUUACAAUCACUUUAUUGUUAAAAUUAAUUUUCAGGUUAUACGUAGUUUGUUACAAUGUGAAAACAUAUACGAUAAAUUGAUUUAAGUUUUAGGAGUGUAAAAGUGAUUAAUAACACUAAUGUGUGACUAUAUAUUUGUCAUUAAUGUUCAUUACACUACAGCUAUGUAGUUUUUUUAUAUACAGUACUUUGUAUAUGCAUAUGUAUGUAUUUGUAUAUCUAAUGUAUGUAAAGUACGUUAAUGCUGAAAGCAAUAACUUGUUCACUUAAUUUUAAGCUUUUCAGUUUGAGAUAGUUUUUAUGAAAUAUUUAAUAAUUGGAUAUUUAAGCAGAGCAUUAUUUUUAUAUAUAAUAACGUUCAUUUUCUUGGCUUUUCUCCAGUCCAUAAUGGAUUAAUUCCUAUGUACAGUAUGUUAGUUAUAGAGUCAGUAUAAAUCUGUAAUUUUAUCUUUUAAAUUGUCGCUACUAAAGAAAUUUAUAUACAUAUUAUAGUGUGUGUCUGCUAAAAUUUUAAUGCAUGCUGAAACUUGUUGCAGAGUUGUUGGCAUUGAUACAUGUUGCCAAUACUUACAUCCUGAGGAGUGGUUGUUGUAUUGGAGAGGAAGUGCUGAAUUUGUAGGGUUGCACUUCCCUGAUGAGUAGUUCAUAUUAGUUAUAUUUCAGUCUUUCAUUAUUCAACUGCAUUAAUUUUCUUAUGAGGUCUCCAAUGCCACAUUCUUGAUGUGUCCAGUAAACUUGCAGAUGCUAUUUUCUGUGUUAGGUGAUGCAGAUAUAUAAAUGUAUAUUUAACCACAAAUAAGUAAAUUUAUAAAAAGGGCUGUGAUACCUUUGACAGUGAGGUGGUUAAAAACACCUGGAAACAGUGAGAUCUGCAUGAUAUUACCAGUGAUGUGAGAAUGAGUUACACAUUUAUGAAGUGCUAAACCCAUAGCAGUUAUGUGCCCCAAAUGUGUAAGAAUAUGGACGGUGAUCAGCUACUUUAUUUACACUUUCCAGUAGGUUAUUUUAUGAUGUGAUCUCAUUUGGUGCCAGAUAAUUUAUUAUAGUGUGUGUGUUCUAUGUUAAUAUCAGUAUAAUACUUGAAUGCAGAUUUAGGGUGACAGCUGAAAUACUUUAAAAAUUCAUUAUGUAGGAAAGUGCAAAUGUAAUUAUAAUGGGGAGUUUCAACACUGAUUCUGCUUAGUGAAAUAGUACAAGAAUCUACUUUCAUUAAUGCGACAGAUCAUCUUAACUUUGCAUAACAGCGAAUAGUGUAAAGUUGCCACUAAAGAGAGGUGCUUAAUACUGUUUUAAUUAAAAGUUCACCUGAUGCAGAAUAGGUUGAGAGUUACACAAUGAUGAGUUAGUGAAUCAUUUCUCUGAUUACAGACCUUCCUUGAAUGGUGACAACCAGUUGGUUCAUCUGUCCACUGUAGUAUCUACGUUAGUGGAAAAUAUGCAUGGCAUGCAAUACAGAGCCCUGUGUUGAAGUAUAACCAUCCCUAUUAUGGGCCAUAAAACUUGAAAUUCCUAAUAUGUCUGUGAAUGUUUCCAAUAUAUUCUGCCAUCUGUUGAAUGUUUUGAGUAGUGUAUAAAAAAUUUACUCAUGCUGCAAGCUUUCCAAAAUACCUUGGUUUGAUCUACACACAGAUGGAUGUUUAUUGAUGAUGGUGCUUAAAGAGUGAAAAAGCAAAUGUCAGGUUAUAAAUUUCUUGGACCAGCACAACCGGCAUAACCCAAACCAGCAUGGCUUUAGAGCAGGAUAAUCAUGCCUGUUAAAGCUGCUGAACCACCAUGACAGAAUUAUGGUGGUGUUGGAAAACGACCAAAAUGCGUAUGUGAUCUGCACAGAUUUUGCAAAGACGUUUGACAAAUGAUAGCGCACAAAAUUAUGGGGAAGGUAGCAGUGGUGGGCACAGUUCUGCUAACCGCUAAUUAGUGGAACUAACUUUUUGUUUAGCGGAUUAGCGUUUCCGCUAACUUCGAAAAACCGUUAGCGGACCAGUUAGCUUCUGCUAAAUAGAGUUCCGCUAAAUUUGAGUCUGCUAAAAAAAAAUUCCUAUGUUGGUAGUUAGAAGGCAGUACCUUUUCAACGGCACACGUGUUUGUUCCUGUCUGUUAUGGGCAUUUCUCCAACAGUCAGUCAGGCACACUAUUGGCUUACUACGUGUAAGUGUGACUUGUCGCUGCAGCAGCAGUAGCAUCUGAGCAGCAUUGUUAUAGUCUUACAGUGUCAGUGAUCACCGGGGCGCAUUGUCACUUAUUGUUAUGAACAAGGGAGACAUUUCUGUUCCACCUGAGGGGUUGUUGAGGAGUCUGCAGCAGCUGCUGGCACUAGUGUCCGUCAGCCUGUGGUAGACACAGAGAUUGUGGCCUGUUCAUCUGCAAUAUGCUACCGCUGCGUGUAGUGGAAUCCCACACCUUUGUCAGCCUGAUCAAGACGCUGAACCCCAGCAAGAUGUCAAUGUCCCACCCAACCCUGGGCAGGAUUUUGGUCAGCCGUAAACAGCUGGAGGAAUAUCUUAUAAGGCAUUUAUGAGUUAUAAGCGCUUAUUAAACUACUAUAGCUUUUUUGAAAUUUUCUUAAUUUUUGUGGAUAUUGCAAGUUAUGACAGUUUAGAAAUCCAGAACCUUUCCCAGUGUUGUAAAGUAACGAAGUAAAAGUACCUGGGUACUGCACUUAAGUAACUUUUCUUGGUGUUUAUUUUUCAAAAAUUACUGAUGUAACGUCAGUUAGUAGUGAAGUAAAAGUAAUAACAGACUUUAGUACUUAAGUAAAAGUAGUGAGUAAUUUCAGUACUUUUUAAAAAGUAAAUACCGAGAAAAGUUACUCAAGUAGCUUUAUUUCGUUACUUUACAAUGCUGGUACUUAUGCUUGAGUACAGUAUUAAAGAUGAGUACUAUUUGCAACACUGUCCUUAUGACCUUGGCAUUCUAGAUCUUAUUAGGAAGCUCUCCAGGUCUGUUCUAAAAGUCUUAAAAGUAAAAGACCAAAAAACUAAACUUAAUCUGAAUUCAUGUGAAAAAGUUAGCGUUAGUUUCCGCUAAUUUUUUCUGUCAUUUAGCGGUUUAGCGUUAUUGGAGCUAAUUUUUUUAGUUAAUGGAUUAGAGGUUAGUUAAGCUAACUUUUUGGUUAGCUGUGCCCACCACUGGAAGGAAGGUAGGCAGAUGGAUUUUCGAGUUCCUAUCACACAGAACAGAAAAAGUAGUAGUAAAAAGAGCAAUUCCAGCAUCAGUGAGGUAAAAAGCUCAGUUUCCCAAGGCACUGUCCUGGCACCUCUGCUGUUUCUCAUCCUCAUAGCAGAUAUAGAUAAAAACACCCAUCACAAUUUUGUAUCAUUUACAGAUGACACUAAAAUAAGCAUGACAGUCACUACAGUAGAAGACACUGAAAAAUUACACGAAGACAUAAGCAGGGUUUUCCAGUGGGCAAUGGAGAACAACAUGAUAUUCAGUGGUGAUAAGUUCCAGCUGCUUAGGUAGGGAAAGAAUGAAGAAUUAAAAAGGCUCACUGUAUACAAAACUCAAGAGGAUCACCAAAUAGAAUGAAAGGAAUACGUAAAAGACUUAAGACUAAUUAUGUCAGCUGACUCUUCUUUCAAGGAACAUAAGACAAAGAUCAUGACAGUCAAGAGGAUGAUGGGAUGGGUAUUGAAAACUUUCAAAACAAGGGAAGUAAUGCCAAUGGUGACACUCUUCAAAUUGCUAGUGCUCCCUCAUUUGGAAUAUUGCUCAGUACUGACGGCCCCUUUCAGAGCAGGAGAAAUAUCAGAGCUGUAACAAAUACAGAGAUUGUUUACGGCACACACACAACCAGUAAAGCACUUAAAUUACUGGGAACACCUUAAAGUCUUGAACGUGUACUCACUGGAGUGGAGGAGAGAGAGAUACAUGAUAAUAUAUACUGUACCUUUAAAGUACUCUAGGGCCUGGUCUCAAAUCUGCACACUGCCAUAACAACAUACUGAAGUGAGAGAGAUGGGAGGAAAUGCAAAAUAAACCCAUUAAGGAGUAGGGGUGCAGUGGGCACAAUAAGGGAACAAUGUAUCAACAUUCAUGGCCCCAGACUUUUUGUAUGGUUGUAUUCUCUUUUUUUUUUUUUUUUUUUUUUUUUUUUUUUUUUUUUUUUGUCUCAUUUGAUAGACUGGAAGAUAUAUUACAGAAAUAGAUAUAAUUUUGAUUGGUUUCACACCAGAAAGUACCUUAAAAUUGAGCUCAAAGUACUGGAAUUGUUCGAUUUUUGCCAAUGUUCAAGAGUAAAUAAAUGACGUCACUGUCCAAUACAUGUCCAACUGGCCAGUCUAAUAUGCAGCACAAAUGAGUUGACAUUAUACAAUUAUUACAAUACUGCAGAAGUCUGCAUAACAGUAAAUCUUCUGUUUUUUGUAUGAAUAAAAAUUUAAAAUGGAAAGCUACCAUAAUAUAAGAGGGGCCUGGAGACGUGACUAAUGAACAGAGAAAAUGUCCAAUACGUGCCCAACUGGCCGGUCUAAUGUGCAAUUAUUACAAUACUGCAGUGGUCUGCAUAACAGUAAAUCUUCAGUUUUUUGUUUUAAUAAAAAUUCAAAAUGGAAAGCAAGCAUAAUAUGACUAAAGCAAGCAUAAUGUGACUGAUGAACAGAGAAAAUGUUAUUUUAGUGCUAGGAAUGUCUGCAUUGUUUAUUCUGGACCCUAUUUUGAAAUUGGCAUCUCUUGAAAUUUGUGUGAAAUUGGCCAAAUUACCAAUUUUUGACCACUAUUGGGUAGUUGAAAUAGAUAAAUGGGCGGUUUCUUGUACUCAAUUGACAGAUAGAAGGAAUACCAAAAAUAGGGCGUAAAGUGGUGGAAAUCGCCGAUGCAUAAUUAUCGCCAUUGGAUUAAGUGUAUUCUAACCUAACUACUCUGUACAGUGGACCCUCAGCUAACGAUGGCAUCACCUAACGUUAAAUCCAGCAUACGAUACAUUUUAACGCAAAAAUUUUGCCUCGGCUAAUGCUAAAAUACUCGCCCUACACGAUUCGUUCGAGACGUGUCCACGUGUGGCCUGAGCGCGCCUCAGCUGUCCUGUGGGUGCCAGUGUUUACAAGCCAGCCAGUGCGGUCGCAUCCAUGCAUACAAUCGGAACAUUUCAUAUUGUCACAGUGUUUUUAGUGAUUGUACCUGCAAAAUAAGUCUUCUUGGGCCCCAAGAAAGCUUCUAGUGCCAACCCUGCAGAAAAAAGGGUGAGAAUUACUAUGGAUGUGAAGAAAGAGAUUAAGGAAAUGUGUGCAAAGUGGCUUGAAGUGCAAACCUUUAUGGAUGAAAAUCACCCUCACACAGCUAUUGCAAGCCGUUCUGGUGACUAUUACAAUGACAGCGUUGUGAACCACUUUAGACAAAUCAUAAAGGAACGGGAGGUACAGGCCUCUAUGGACAGAUAUGUUGUGCGACAGAGGUCCAGUGACUCUCAAGCUGGUCCUAGUGGCAUUAAAAGAAGAAGGGAAGUAACCCCAGAAAAGGACUUGAUACCUCAAGUCCUAAUGGAAGGGGAUUCCCCUUCUAAACAUUAACAACUUCCACACACUCCCCUCCUCCCAUCCCAUCAAUCAUCACCAGAUCUUCAAUAAAGGUAAGUGUCGAUUUGUGUGUAUUAAAAUUAAUAUUUCAUGUGGUAAAAAAUUUUUUUUUCAUACUUUGGGGUGUCUUGCUUAGAUUAAUUUGAUUUCCAUUAUUUCUUAUGGGGAAAAUUAAUUCAGCUAAUGAUAAUUUCAGCAUAUGAUGAGCUUUCAGGAACGGAUUAAUAUCGUUAGCUGAGGGUCCACUGUAAUUGGAAAAAUCACUAAUCCGGCCCCCUACAGGUCCUGAUGAUGCUGGAUUAGUGAUGGCCAACCUGUAUUAUAACAUUAAGUACAAUAGUUUCAAUAAUACUUUGCCUGAAUAUUAGUUAAGAAUAUAACCCCUGAUGAUGGAUAGGUAAUUGCAUGAAAUACUGAUAUGAUGGUAAAGAGGCAGUGUAGUUACAUGUAAUCUUUAUUGAUGAUUCAUCUGUGCAUUGGGGGUUUUAUCAAGUCACAAGUAAAUAAACCUAGUAUGGAAGGGACAGUUUAUUAAGUAGUGAGUAGAAGUGUUGUGAAGAGAAAGCGAGAUGCAUGUUAGGUCACAUUCAUUCCCAAACUUUCCAGUUUUCCAGCAAGAGAUUCAACCAAAUUGUAGAAUCUGUUGUUCUGGUUGAAGUUGUUGCAAAUACUGUUGCUAGCACUUUACAAGUUCUUUUUGAGUGUCAUCCUCCUUGGCAGUUAGUAGUGCAUCAGUCCAAUUUAUCACAUGGUUGUACAAAUUAUGGUAUAUUAUGCAAGUGUUGUUAAGAUUGUCUCUUCUACUGGCAUGCUGGUGUGUUUACAUGUGCUUGUGGAGGACUCUGGAUGUCUUAUGCAUGUGGAUUUUGUCACAGUUGUUGGUGGUUGUCUCUCAACAUCAAAAACAGAUGCAACAUUGAAAAAGUGGGGAAGGCUGUUCACGAAGAUCAUUUUCGGAGUAUUCAGGGCAUUGCAAGUGCUGUGGGAAUUUUUUAUGGGUCAUAUCAAAGUAUUUUGACUGAAAAUUUUAACAUAAGGUGAGUAACUGAAAAAUUUGUGCCCUGCUUGUUGAUUCACUGACUUGGAUGUUUGUUAGGACUUCAAAAAAUGAGUUGAGGACCCAGUUAUACUUUCUAAGAUCAUUAUUGGUGAUGAAACUUGGAUCUAGGGUAUGACCCAGAGUCCAAGCAUCAAUCUUCACAAAAGAAAAGCCCCAACUCAUCCAGGAAAAAAAAAAAAAAAAAAAAAAAAAGUACACUAGCCAAGAGCAUGCUCAUUGCAUUUUUUUUUUUUUUUUUUUUGACACAGUGGGAAUCAUUCAUCAAGAAUUUGUUCCAGCAAGGGCAGACAGUUAACCAAAUUUUUUACAUCAAGGUUCUGAGAUGUUUAACCCUUUGACUGUCGCAACCCCCAAUCCUGAGGUGUCUCCUGGUGUCACAAAAUUUAAAAAAAAAAAAAAAUUAUUUUUUCUUAUGAAAUGAUAGAGAAUCUUUUCCCGAUUGUAAUGACACCAAAAAAAACGAAAUUUGAUGGAAAACUGACGGAAUUAUGCUCUCGCGAAGUUAGCGACCUCGGCGCUGUUUACAAAUCGGCGAUUUCGCCCACUUUGAGCCCUAUUUUCAGCAAAUUCCAUUAUUCCAGUCGCCCAAACUCAUAGCUAUUUCUUUUGAACUCCAUUUUUUCUAUCGAUUGAGUACACGAAACUGCCCAUUUACUGAUUUCAACUACCUAAUAAUGUGGUCAGAAAUUUGCAAUUUGGCCAAUUUCACGAAAACUAAAAAAUAUGACAAUUUCAAAAUAAGGUCCAGAAUGAACAAUGCAGACAUUCUUGGCUCUAAAAUAACAUUUUCUUUGCUCAUCAGUCAUGUCUCCAGGCCCCUCUUAAUAUUACUCUUGCUUUCUAUUUUGAAUUUUUAUUCAAACAAAAAAUAGAAGACUUACUAUUAUGCAGACUACUGCAAUACUGUAAUAAUUGUAUAAAUAACAUCAACCCAUUCAUGACUGCAUAUUAGAAUGGCUAGUUGGACAUUUAUUGGACAGUGGCAUCAUUUGUUUACUUUUGAACAUUGGCAAAAAUCAAACAUUUCCCGUACUUUGAGCUCCAUUUCUAGGUUCUUUUUAUAGUAAAAUCAGUCAAAAUCACCUCUAUUUCUAUAAUAUGUUUUCCAUUCUAUCAAAUGAGACCAAGAAAACGAGAAUACAACCAUAAAUACUAUACGAAAAUAGACCACAAAGUCGUCAUUUUAAUUAAAAAAAUGGUCGGAGUUUUUUUUUUCUCAUUAUGCACUGCGUGCUCCAGGAUUUUUUUUUUAUAUGGUGCACACUGACCACACAGACCCAUUCUCUCACAUGUGGGCCUACCAGCUUUCUCCUGCUUGAUUUGAAGCCGCUAGAAUUUAUGAGUAUAUAUACGUCAAACACGGUACCUCGUAAGACGUAUAUAUACGGCCGCGACAGUCAAAGGGUUAAAAUUACUGUAUUUCUGUCCUAAUGACCAUACCCAUAGGGACACUAAAAUACUGUAGACAUUUGUGUUUAUGCAUCAAGGGUUAUUCAGUCAAGACCAUUUUUUUCUUUGUCUUUCAGAUGACGGCACCAAUAUUUUUUUGAUAUUUAACCCCAUGUAGUAAACAUGUAUGUUUUAUAUGUUACCAACUUUCUUGACAUAUUAACUAAUUGACUAAAUUUAGAAAAAGAUACAAAAUUCUUCUGGUUGUCUGUUAUGAUAUAGAAUGUUGAUGUUGGAGAUAAUCAUUCUAUGGAAUGGUCAUGUGUUGUAUAUUUAAGAUUUAAAGAAGAUAAAUGUAUGCUUCCACUCUGUGUUCAAGUUGGUUACUUAAUAUAUUUUUUAUUUAAUUUAUUGUGAAUUAUUAUUCAUGCAAACAAUGCACUUGCCUGCCACUCUGCAUUUAUUGUGAUGAAAAGAAAUAGCAGACCUACUUUUGGGAGAGGUCUUCAUGGUUGAAGUGUUUUGUUACAAAUUCUCUACUUGACCCAGGCAAAAAUAUGUUGAUUAUAUACAUACAAUGAUCUAUACUGUAGCCCAAAAUUCAGAGUAUGUAAGUGUUUAUAUGCUUUAGUCACUGGCAACUAAUAUGGAAGGAGUCAACACUGCACUAGUCCACUAUGGCAGUAUGUGCUCUAUAUGAAUACAAGCUAUACAAAUGAUUUAGUUUUUAUCAAAAUUUGUUUUCUUUCUGGCAUGUCCACUAAACAUUUUCUUUAAAUAAAUCAUCACAACUUGUCAUUUAAAUUUAAAUAGGUGGAAAAUGUCCUGCCAUUUCUCCCAAAACUGAUUAAACUUUAAACUUUACAUCAAGGUAGUUUUAAUUGAAUUACUGGCCCACCAAAAUCACUGUAGUUCUGUCAAUGUACUGUAAUAGAUGUAUGAUGCUGUGUUCUUGACUCUGUGUAUUGGAAAUCUGAUGUGAAAUAUCAGUGUCAUUGACAGUAUCAAUAUAUGCUAGACUCAAUUUUUUAAAUUUGGUAUGUGGUGUCUAUUGGUAUAUUGUAAAUGAUCUAUUUCCAAAUGUUAAACAGCCUGCAUAAUUUAUUUUGCAUACUUGUAUGAAUAUUCUUUACAAUUCAUUGUAACAUUACAGUAUUAAACCAUAGUGGUGUAGUAGCAUUUAGCCUGAACCUGUAAGAUUAUAUAUUUUAUAUGACUCUAAUAUUAAAUAGCAACUGUGUUAAUGAAGUACAGUUAAAACUCUUUAAAUCAAGUAACAGUGAAUGUAAUUUAAGGGACUUCAAUCUUUCUUCAUACAGAAGAUUUCUAAUGCUUUGAAUUAAUUUGGUCAGUGCUGUACUUAGAGGCACUAGUACAAGAGGGCCCCACUUAUUUAGCACCCUCUUUUCAGUGUUCCAUGUUUUCAUUGGCUUUCACUUGAUGGUAAGUAAGACACACAGACAACAGUUAGUCAUCAUUAUUCUGACACAUUUUGUCUACACAGUAAGCUUAUUCAGUCGAGUAUAGAAAGAAGGCAGGAGCAGUAGAGAUGUAAAGAUGAUGUAAUCAGCCCAUCACCCUUGAAGACAGAUUUGAGGUUGUCAAUCCCUCAGCCUGGAGAAGAGUUCUGUUCCAUAGUCUGAAACAAUGUGAAGUUCAAGCGACAGUGUGGAGACUUAAACUAUACUGUCGGAAGGAGAGGUGUAGAGUAGUAGAAAAAAGAAUGUAAUCACCGAGAGGUCAUGCCCUCUCAGAUUCAACCAUUCUCGUUUGAAAAAUUUGUCCAAGGUGUUUUCUGUACCAAGAUGCCAUUGUGUUACAGUGUCUGACAGAGUGAAUAUCAAAAUGGUGUACAAUACUGACAGGUUGAGUUUUUGUUCAUUAUGUUCAACACUUUUACCGUUUUUCCACCAUUUUCACACAAUUUUGUAAAGGAAGGGUAACUGGCUGUGUAUUUUAAGGUAAGUAUUGUGUUCACUGUGUAUUUAUUUUACUUUUGUUUUGUGCCUAGCUGUAUUGAGCACUUAAUACGUGUAUACAGGAGGGCCCCCGCUUUAUGGCGUUUCACUUUGCGGCGUUCCGCUAAUACGGUCAUUUCAAAUUAUGACCAAAACUCGCUAUACGGCUCCCCCCAGCUGACUUUCUAAUACGGUCACCGCGCCCCACCCUGUUUGUUUACAUUCUUCGUGAGCUCAGUAAGCACUAAGUCUCUCCAUUUUGUCUGGAAACUCCAAAAUUUCAAAUGUUUUUAAAAGUUAUUUCAUAUUUUAUAUAUACUCUGAUAAUUAUACUUAUGUAUACCUGUACUUAAAUAAACUUACAUACUGUGCUGGCAUGCAGGUACACAUUAAAAUCAGUAAGUGUCUCUUAUGUCUCCAGACGUCAUAUUAGUAAUGAUUAUAAUAAUCAUCGAGUCUCAUUUAAAUGUCGUAUAUUACGUUAAAUACACAUUUUCAUUAAUCCAUCUAUGAUAUUUUUUCAAAAUUAUAUAAUAAACACGAUACAUAACAUAAAAAGAUGAUAAAUACACCCCACAAUAGAAUAAAUAAACAUAAAUAUGAGAUGUGGUAGCAGACGACUUGCACAAGUGACGCCAUAUAGAAAUGAUAAUAAUAAUAAUAAUCACCGAGUCUCAUUAAAUGUUGUAUAUUACGUAAAUAUACACAUUUUCAUUAAUCCAUCCAUUAUAUUUUUUUUCAAAAUUAUAUAAUAAACACGAUACAUAACAUAAAAAGAUGAUAAAUACACCCCACAAUAGAAUAAAUAAACAUAAAUAUGAGAUGUGGUAGCCAGAUAACUUGUACAAGUGAUGCCAAGAAUAACAUUUUCUCUAAUCUAACAUAAGAGAAAAUGUGUUACUGGGGGUAACUGUAGAAAAUUAUUCCUUUCGUAUGUAUGUAAGUAAGUUUAUUCAGGUAUACACAAAUACAGUUACAUAGAUUAUCAUACAUAACAACACAUGUGUAGAGAACCUAGGAUAACCCAAAAAAGUCAGAGUGACUUAUUUCCAUUGCCUUCACUCAGAGCAUCAUUUCUUCUCAAAAUGAUGUUACAUGAGAAUGGGAGUGUUCUUUAUUUAUUCUACCGUAUCAAUGUAGAGACAACCUGUACACAAUGUAACUUGUACACAAACCAGACGUGUACACUUUGUUUACAAAACUUACCUUCGCCUGGUUUGUUUACAUAACUCUGCGCCUGUACUCUCUCAUGCACUCAUUCUUUCUCUCUCUCAUUUAUUCGUUUUAUCUCAUUUACUUACUCCUGACCCUACAUUAAGACUACAAAUAUUUUAAGGUAAGUAAUGAGUGAACUGUAUAUACAUUUUAUCGCUCUGGGAUGCUUAAAUGUAAUAGAAUAUUACGUGUAGGUGGGUUGGCCUGGUAUGGUAGCCCGGCUGACUACCAUACAUACCAAACUUGAUUUUUUACAAUAAAUACUACUCAUCUCACCCUAUAUUUUAAGGUAGGUAAUGAGUGAACUGUAUAUACAUUUUAUCGCUCUGGGAUGCUUAAAUAUCAUAGAAUAGUAUGUGUGGGUGGGGUGGCCUGGUAUGGUAGCCUGGCUGACACCAUACAUACCACACUUGAUUUCUUACAAUAAAUACUACUUGUCUCACCCUAGAUUAAGACUAUAAAUAUUUUAAGGUAAGUAAUGAGUGCACUAUGUGUGUAUUGUACUUUUUUAUUGUUUUUUGAUGCCUGGUUCUAUUGCUAACUUAAUAUAUGUUAGUGUAAACUUGUUAUCUAGUGUUUGUAUGCAUUUGUAAGUGGAAAAAAAGGGUGUUCCACUUUACGGCGGUUUCCACUUUACGGCGGUAGCCUGGAACCUAACCAGCCGUAUA